AUGGCGAUGCUGAAAACUCAGUCUGUUCUUAUUACUGGGGCAAACAAGGGAAUCGGGCUCGAACUGGUUAAACAGCUGAUCAACUCCCCAGUUCCACCAGCUCAGAUCUUAGCAACUUUCUGGCAGUCAAGUUCAACUCAGGUAAAAGCAAGGGACAACUUUUGUCAGUUAGUUGGCAGCAUUGGUGCAGCAAUGAGAAUGGACCGUGCGGAGAGUGACGGCAGGCUCCUGGCAGAUGGAGGAGGAUGCGGCUUCUCCUGGCGAUUUGAGGCAGCAGUGGCGACAAGGGCAUCAUCCUGGUGUUUGCAGCUGGCAACCGCAAAGCUCUUGCAGCAACUGGAGACUGUGGCAACAGCAGCGGCAGCAGGCUCUUCAGGAUGGUGGCCCUGGCAAGGCGACAUCUGCAGCCGAAAUGGGACUCGGUGCUGUGGUGGCCUGACAGAGGCUCCUAGUUGCAAUAGACCCAAAGCAAGGAUUCCUGGCAUUGACGUUACAGAUUCGGCCAGCAUCCGAAGAGCUGUAGAUAGAGUGGAAGCAAUUCUUGGCAAUAGUGGACUCAACCUGCUCAUCAACAAUGCUGGAAUAAACUCUCAUGUAACUCUCGAAACUGUCACAGCUGAAGACAUGAUGAUGGUUUACCAAACAAAUGUGGUUGGCCCUUUAUUAGUUGUCCAGGCUUUUCUACCUCUUUUAAAGAAGGCAGCCCAAACCUUGGAUAUGGAAAAGAUGAGCUGUAACAAGGCAGCAAUUGUCAAUAUCACCUCGCUCCUGGGAUCCAUUACAUUGAGUCAGAAGAAUUUCGGAAGAGCUCCAAUGUAUCCAUACCGCCUCAGCAAGGUUGCAUUAAACAUGGUAAGUAUGUGCCUUUCAGAGGAUCUGAAGCAAUAUCAGAUUAUUUCUGUUGCUGUCCAUCCCGGCUGGGUUCAAACAGACAUGGGAGGUGAGGAGGCACCCAUGUCAGUUAGUGACAGUGUCAGCAACUUAAUGAAACUGUUUGCCAGCCUGUCGCAAUGUGAUACUGGAAAAUUCCUGGAUUUGGAGGGAAGGGAACUUCCUUGGUAA